AUGCAUUUUUAUAUUCGGAUAAUUAAGUGACACUUUCUACUUCUCCCUGUCCUCAGGGGAGUAUAUAUACCCUGUUUUCCUUCUCCACCCCUCCCAUAAAAAUUUAAAAAAAAAAACAUCUGUAAAUCUUUACCCACACACUCUGUUUUUUGUUCUCCAAUUUUUUUUAGAACUCUGUUUUCUCUGAGUUAUGGUUUUAAUCCAAAUCCACUCUUUCGAAUGAAGCCCAUCAUUUUCAGUUCUUUGCCUCUGUAAUGGAUUUGUACAGCUUUGAGAACAUCAAGGCGGAGAAGGUGAAAGCCAUGAACAGGUACCGGAGGAUGCAGAAAGCAACGGCCGUGUUCCGGUUCGUCGAGUUCUGCUUCCUCGUGUUCAUGUUCUCCAGAUUCUCCCUCCGGUUUCCUCGGGAUUUCAAGCUCCCCGUGGUCGAUCUCAGGGGAAUCUUGGGUCACCUGAUCAGUCCCCGGUUCUUGUUCGUCGUCGGGAACGCCAUAGUCAUCGUCCUGUACCGCAAAUCAAAGGGUUCUUCUUGUUCGGGAGAACAGAGCAUCUCUGUUCCAGAGGAAGAAGAUGGAGUUUCCCCGGCGAAGUGCGUCAUGAAACAGGGGAGGCAGAGCACCUCUGUUUCAGGGGAAGAAGAAGGAGAGGAAGAAACUCCGGGGAAGCGCCGGAGAAUGAACAGGAGCCGGUCGGAGGGCUGGAGCAUGGGCGCCGGUCCGGCGGAGAGUGGCAGGGAGCUGAGGCGUUCGGCGACGACGGUGAAGUGCCGGGAAACGGAGGAGAAAGGCGGCGGAGGGGCGGAUGAAAUGAGCAGCGAAGAGUUUAGGAAGAAGGUGGAGGACUUCAUAGCCAGGCAGCAGAGGUUGUUAAGGGAAGAGGAGUUUUCAGCUUUUGUUUCCUGUGGAAAAUAGUUGCCCUAAUAUUUAAGGGCACCCCUAAGGACAUGCGCCCUUCUAAUUGUUUAUUACUGCUACUUUCUUUGGUCACACAAGUCACAACCAAUGAAUAUGUAUAUUGAUCAAGAAGAAUGCCACAUGAAAAGAAGAAUGCAUCAAUAGUGGAUUAGUGGUAGAGACUAUUGAAUGGUUCGAAACUAGAAUCUUCAAUACCAUUAGCAUUAUCAUGAAAAUAUAUGUAUUUUUAUUUUGAAUGAAAAAAUGUAAAUCUA